UCCAGGAAGUAGAAGAUUUGUUUUGAAGUCGACGACUGUUUCGAAUCGGUCCCAUCUGAAAACGCGAACAAAAACCGCCGCGGUGGGUGGUCGGGGAGACAGCGACAUGGCGACCACCAUCAGCACACAGCGGGGAGAGGUGUACGUGGGCGAGCUCCCCCAGGACUUCCUGCGCAUCACGCCCACCCAUCAUCAUCAUCAGCACCACCACCCCCACCCUCAUCAUCAGAUUCAGUUGGACGCGCAGGCCGCACAUCAGCUGCAGUACGGCGGUGCCAUCGGAACCGUGGGGCGACUUAGCAUCACCGUGGUCCAGGCAAAGCUGGCCAAGAACUACGGCAUGACUCGCAUGGACCCGUACUGCCGCGUGCGCCUGGGCUACGCCGUCUACGAGACGCCGACGGCGCACAACGGAGCCAAAAACCCGAGAUGGAACAAAGUCAUCCAGUGCACGCUGCCCCCCGCCGUCGACUCCUUCUACCUGGAGAUCUUUGACGAGCGGGCGUUUUCCAUGGACGACCGCAUCGCGUGGACCCACGUGAGCAUCCCCGAGGGCGUGCGGGAGGGCAGCACGGCGGACGAGUGGUUCACGCUCAGCGGCCGGCAGGGCGACGACAAGGAAGGCAUGAUCAACCUGGUCAUGUCCUUCUCGUCCUUCCCGGCGGGGAUGAUGACGCAGCCCGUGGUCCUGAUGCCCUCCGUGUACCAACAAGGCGUGGGCUACGUGCCCAUCGCAGGUGCGGCGCCCGUGUUCAACCAGCAAGGCGGCGGCGGCGCUGCGCCGCCACCGCCGGCGGCGGCGGCGUGCUCCGAAGCCGACCUGAAGGCCCUGCAGGACAUGUUCCCCAACCUGGAGCGGGACGUGGUGCGCAGCGUCCUGGAGGCGCAGCAGGGCGACAAAGACGCCGCCAUCAACUCGCUGCUGCAGAUGGCCGAGGAGCUGUGAGCGCGCCCGGCGCCGCGCCUCCUUCCUUCCUCCGUCACGCGAAGCCCACCCGGACCCCCACCCCCUCAUCCUUUUCAAGCCACCGUGACCCUUUGGUC